UUUUGUUGUCUGUGACUUGUACACGCGUUGGAUUUCCAUCUCUGAAUCCCCCUUGCUUCUUUCAAAGACUUUAACCUGCGACGGCAUUGAAAAAGGAAAUUGUGCCCUAGGCUAGAUUUUCGCUCUCUCUAAAUAAAUAUUUGAACUUCCAGUUGCUCUCUGCUUAAUUCCCCUUUUAUUUUUUGCAAGAAUGAUCCGGUUCAUACUAUUACAGAACAGGCAGGGAAAGACCCGUCUUGCCAAGUACUAUGUUCCUCUCGAAGAUUCCGAGAAGCACAAGGUCGAAUACGAGGUCCAUCGAUUGGUAGUAAACAGAGAUCCCAAGUUCACAAAUUUCGUCGAGUUCCGCACACACAAAGUAAUCUAUAGGCGAUAUGCGGGGUUAUUUUUCUCACUCUGUGUUGACAUUACUGACAAUGAGUUGGCCUAUUUGGAGUGCAUCCAUUUAUUUGUGGAGAUAUUGGAUCAUUUCUUCAGCAAUGUGUGCGAGCUAGAUUUGGUUUUCAACUUUCACAAGGUAUAUCUUAUACUUGAUGAAUUCAUUCUUGCUGGAGAGCUCCAAGAAACAAGCAAAAAGGCUAUUAUUGAGAGAAUGGGGGAACUGGAAAAGUUAGAGUGAGAUUAUUACGAGUGUAUUGGGAGUUGCAGCUUAUUGCUCCUUUCUUGUGGUCAUCGGUUUUGCUGUAGUUUGCUUACAAAAUUCUUGCUGCGAAAUUCAUCUUGUAAUAUCAGAAAAUUGAACGAAAUUUAAGUGUUCUUUUUUCAGCGCUCCAACGUGUUUCUCCUCCUUCCCUCCAUUCCCGUUGUUUGUUACUAUAUAUGUGAUUAUAUUCAUAUUCAAUCAAUAAAGGCCAGUAUACAUGAA